AUGCCACCACCAAAAUCAAUUUCAAUCAUCGGCGCUGGCAUUUCUGGGCUCACCGCUGCAUACCACGCCACGCGGCUAUUCCCCGGCACAGCCAUCCAUCUAUUCGAACAGAGUGAUAGAUUGGGCGGGUGGAUAGACAGCCAGCGUAUUGAUCUCGGCAGCCACGGCAGUGCGCUGGUGGAAAGUGGACCGCGCACACUACGGCCGAGUGGCGUAGGCGGAGCGCUCCUGCUUGACCUGAUCGACAAGCUACAUCUAGAGAAAGAGCUGCUGACGUCCUCCAAAACCUCAUCAGCAGCUCGCAACCGCUACAUAUACCACCCCGACAACUUGAACCGGCUUCCGUCGUCGCUGCUCGCCAUCCCCGGUGCCUUACUCAGGCACAAGACAUUGCGCUCUAUUCCGCGCGCUAUCUGGAAUGACCUCACCACACCACCCCAGCAGCAGCAGCACGACGAGCACGACGAAAGCGUCGACUCCUUCUUCCGGCGCCGCUUCGGGGAUAGAAUCGCAGACGACAUCGCUAGUGCGGUAAUACACGGCAUAUACGCAGCCGACAGUCGACAACUAUCUCUCCGCUUCGCCUUCCCGCUGCUGCACAAGCUCGAGCAGCGCGCUGGAUCGGUGGUCCGCGGUGCGUUUAGAGGUGUCGGUGUGGAUGCGCGCGAGAAGGCGCUAGAGGAGGACAUACGCAGUGCUAUCUCUCCCUCACUCACUCACGCCAUGCAAAAUGCGAGUAUUUUUGCCUUCAAAGAGGGCAUUGCGCAGCUAGUGACUUCGCUAGAAGGGGCACUGCAGCACAGCAACGUCGCUAUACACACGUCGACAGCUGUGGACCGUAUCAGCCGACACAAGGACGCCUAUACCGUCCAUACCCAGACAGGGCUCGCCGUGGAGAGUACCCACCUCAUCUCAUCCGUCCCCCUACCCGCUCUAGGCAUGCAGGGAAAUGUGAGUGAAAGCGAGAGCUAUAGCGACAGUGUACACCACCUACACCGUCCAGACGUAACAGUCGUGACACUCGUGUAUCCCCGCACCCCGCUGCCGAUAAAUGGUUUCGGGUAUCUCAUACCGCGCUCGACGCCCGCUGCGAGCAACCCACACGGAGCGCUGGGUGUAGUGAUCGAUUCGGAUGCCAUGCCGCAGCAGGAUCCAGCGCCACUGACAAAGCUCACCGUCAUGCUAGGCGGGCCGCAUGGACUGCGGACAGAGGAUACCGCCCAGCUGCGCCAGAUGGCCGUCGACACCGUCACUAGACAGCUCUCCGCGCAUUUACACUCCCCGAUUGCCUCUACGGUUUGCGUGCAGCGCGCUUGUAUUCCUACUUACCCCCCAGGCCAUCUGUCCGCUCUGCAGUCACUCCAUCACUCCCUCCUCAGCCACCACCACGGCCGUCUAGCUGUCAUUGGUAGCCCCUACACCGGCAUCGCAGUCGGAGAUUGCGUUCGAAGCGCUUGGGAGGUCGUGCAAACGCUCAACUCUACAGGCACUGCUACCGGUCUCGAGCGUUUCCAGAAUGCAGUUUAA